CAUGGGCGGUCAUGCCAGUUUGACUGGGGCUCCUUCCACUGCGAGGAGUCCGGGAUCGCCGCGGGAGCCGCGGGGCGUUCAUGGGCUCCAGCCAUGAACCGCUUCAAUGGACUCUGCAAGGUGUGCUCGGAGCGGAGGUACAGGCAGAUCACGAUCCCUCGGGGCACUGAUGGCUUUGGCUUCACGAUCUGCUGCGACGCCCCGGUCCGUGUGCAGGCAGUGGACUCUGGUGGCCCAGCAGAGAAGGCAGGUCUGCAGCAACUGGACACGGUGCUGCAGCUGAACGAGCAGCCUGUGGAGCACUGGAAAUGUGUGGAGCUGGCACACGAAAUCCGGAACUGUCCCACGGAGAUCAUCCUCCUGGUGUGGAGGCUGGUGCCUCAGGUGAAGGCGGCCCACGAGGGCAUGACCCGCAGGUCCUCCUGCAAAUCCGCCUACGACCUGCAGUCCCCUCCCAACAAGCGGGAGAAGAGCGGCCCCGCGCAGGCGGAGCAGCGCCGCAGCUGCCACAUCCUCUACGACGGCACCGAGGGGCUGGGGCUGCACACCUGGGACAGGUACACCGAGCUGGGCAAGCGGGGCCAGAACACCCUGCCGGCCCUGUCCCGAGUGCCCUCUGCUGCAGACCAGAACUACAUCAUCCUGGCCCCUCUGAACCCCGGCAGCCAGCUGCUGAGGCCCGUGUACCAAGAGGACAACACCACUGAGGGGAAUGGCUCUAAAGGGAAAUCCCAUACGGGCUCUGGGAGGAAAUCCAGGCUGAUGAAGACUGUGCAGACCAUGAAGAGCCAUGGGAACUACCAGAACUGCACCAUAGUGAGGCCUCACAUCCCCCAUUCCUACGGCACCUACGUGACCCUGGCCCCCAAAGUGCUGGUGUUCCCCAUCUUUGUGCAGCCCCUGGAUCUUUGCAACCCAGCCCGGACUCUGCUGCUGUCGGAGGAGCUGCUCCUUCACGAGAGCAGGAAAAGGAGUACACAGGUGACUCUCUUUGUCUACUCCGACCUGCUGCUCUUCACCAAGGAGGAUGAGCCCGGGCGCUGCAACGUGCUGAGGAACCCCCUGUACCUGCAGAGUGUCAAGCUCCAGGAGGGUUCAGAAGAUCGCAAGUUCUGCAUCCUUUACCUGGCAGAGAAGUCGGAGUGCUUAUUAAGUUUGGAGGCUUACUCCCAGGAGCAGAAGAAGAGGAUCUGCUGGUGUCUGGCUGAGAACAUCACCAAGCAGCAACAUCCAGCAGCAGCUCCUCCGGAGAGCAAGAUGCUGGAGACAGACGCCGAGAAGCCGGGGCAGAUGCACUCGGAGGACGGGAAGGCAGCAGUGGGUGAUGCCCCUCUGGCUGCCAAGGCAGCGGCUCUGGCCAAGCCCUGGGACACUCUGGGAGCCACCCAGGCUCCUCUCCUGGUGGAAAAGCAGCCGGUGGCCACCACAAAGGGAGAGGAGCAGCCCAGCUCCGUGCCAGCCUUUGUCAUCCCCGAGCUGCGGCUGGACAGCACCUUCAGCCAGAGCACGGCGGGCACGGCGGGCAGCGCCACGGACGGCGAGGACGAGGAGGAGGAUGAGGAGGAAGAUGAGGAUGAGGAGGACGAGGAGGAGGAGGAGGACAGCGACGAGCAGUACCUGGACAGGAAGGAGCUGAAGCGCAGCAGCAUGAUCGAGACGUCGGGCGGGCAGCCCGGCUACACGCUGAGCGUGCAGGGCUCGCUGCGGCGCCGCACGCACAGCGAGGGCAGCCUGCUGCAGGAGGCCAAGGGCCACUGCUUCACCUCCGACACCACCCUCAACUGCUCCGACGGCCAGGGCACCGCCGCACGCUGGGCACUGCCCUCCCCCAGGACCCUCAAGAAAGAGCUCGUCAAAAACGGCGGCUCCAUCCACCAGCUGACGCUGCUCUUCUCGGGCCACAGGAAGCUGAGUGGAGCAGACCCUGAGUGCAGCUGUGAUGAAGGGGACGAGACCUCCCGCAAGAAGCGCAGCAGGAGCCUGUAA